AUGGAGAUAAUCAUAAGCCUAUAUCAAUAUUUGGAAGAUUUUAUUUUAAAAUGUGUCAAAAAGAAUGCAGCAAAUACAGACUUAUAUAAAGCAGUUGUGAUCAAUAAACAUUCAACAGCAUUCUAUGGUAGUCGAGAAGAUUUAGCAUGGCGUUUUAGUUUUACCUGUAAUUCUUUAUCACAAGAACUGCAAAAGUUGAUUGGUAUACAAUCACAAAGAAAAAAGAUCAGUCUUGUUACAUUUAAUAGACAAAUUAUUUUAAAAGAAAUAGAUACGACUAUUUAUGCCUGCUUAGAAAUAAAAAUUAUUCAAAAUUUAUCACGAGAUACUGUUCAAUGUUACUUUAUGUUGCCAUCAAUUGCUCGCACAUGUCCAUUACUUAUGGCAAUAUUUGAUAUUGAUUACAUUGAGCGUAAAGGCAAAAUUGAAUGGCUACAUACACAUACUAAUCCUGAGACUUAUUUGAACGAAUUGACAGAAAUAUUUCGUGCUACUCUUGAUGACAAAGAUUUGGAAGUGGUCUCAGCAACAUAUGCAACUGUAGGUCUUUUUCUUCCCGAUUCUUUCGUAAUUAACUCAACCACUGAAAAGAGAAUAAAGGACAGCAAACGAUAUUGGUUCGAUAGCGAUUAUCCUUUCUGGAUAUUUAAUAAUAUAAUUCUUCUUUGUAAUGAAAAACAAGACAAAGAUGUCUCAAUAGAAAUUCGUGCAAUAUCUGCAUUAACUACUCUAUUGCAUAAACGAAAACAUAUACCAUUCGAAAAAGCGAAAUCAAUAGCUCACAAAAACAUAAGUAAAUGCCGAGCAUUUUGUUCCAAAAAUAUGGCAUCUGUUACUUGCGCAGAUUCUAUGGUCUACUCAUUUAUUGACAUUUUGUUUCCUACUGAUCAUAGUUCUAUCGAAUCAAUAGUUAUAUCAAUAAGAAAAAAUAAUACCAUUGAAAAGGAUAUCGAAAACACUACCAGAAGCAUUAUUGCUGUUGAUCGUAUUACUGAAGAUCAAAUUUAUCGGGAUAGAGUAAAAACACAAGAUCAUGCGCAAAGAAAUAGAAAGACGAUAAACGGUUGGAAAGAUCCAUUUAUUGUUGACGGUAUCGAACAAGUGCGUAUUGGUCAAAAUGCAGAGCAUUUCUUUUUCGUCUAUCUACAAAAUCUUUAUGGUUCAGUAGAUGUAACACCGACCCAAAAUUGGCGUUCAUCAUCACGUCAGAUUAUCUAUCCACAAUAUCGACACAAUGUGAAUGAUUCGGCUGGUUUUGAUUUUGAACUACGUGAUACGCGGCAAUUGUUUGUUCGCAGUUCAGGGUCAACAACAAAAUCUUGUUAUUUUGAAGUCAAAGGCACUAGUGGAUCGUUUAAUGAAACACAUAGUCGCUUUUAUAUUUCUCAGAAUGAAUUAAACAUGUGUCAAUCGAUUGCCAAUGAUCCAAAAAAACUACAGCGUGAAGCCUAUUUUAUUAUCGUUGUAGAAAAUUGUCUUAAUGCUGAAGAAAUCUCUUUGGGUACUGUAUUUAAUUGGAGUGAAAAUUUCCAUAAAUUAGACAGAAGCCCCGAGAGCUACCGCUGCAGAAUUAUUUCAUCAUCAGUAACGAACGGCAGUAUUUCCAAAAAAGAAGAAACUAGAGAUUAUAACAACGAUCAACAACAACAGCCAAUGAGAAGAGAUGAUAGAUAUGGAAAUUCUAUGACGUCGAAUGUAUCUACGAAAGGAGAAGACGCGACGCCUCGUCCUUAUGUUCCACCUCAUCGUCGGAAUCCUCAUUAG